UCCUCAUGUGAAAAGAGUAAAGUCAACACUCUGUCGAAAGUCGUGGGUUUUCUCCGGGUAUUCCGGUUUCCUCCCACAGGGGAAGUUGACAGGGUGGGUUAGGUAAAAGGGCCCACAGUAAUUGGCAUAUGCUGCUGUGGUGACCCUGCCCUAGUUGGCACUAAAUAAAUAAAUAAUUCUUUCAUAUUUUUUCAAUUUUAGUCUGAUACUGGCGUACUGCGAGGCAAAUGAAGAUAUCUGUAAACAGUUGGGAAUCAAUCUCGGAAACCAACAGGGAAACACGAGUGCCUUACUUGGGGAAGAUGAUAUUUCCAUACUAGAAGCCAUGCUCAUCACCUUGGGAGUAAUUGUGGGUGUCGGUGGACUCUUAGGGAUAUUGUUGCUUUGUUGUUUGCGACGAAGGUUUGUAUACCGCUGUCCAGUUAUAUAUGAGUUCAGUUGUUAAAUACUAUUCGUUUAUUUCGUAGCUGGGAGGGGUGGAUGGGGGAGACUUCAUAAACCUUUACAUCCAAAUUAGGGUGGUUAUUAAUGAAAGAGAAAGAGAGAGGUUUCAAAGAUAAUCUACGGUAUAUAUAUUUAUAUUUGCAAAAUAAUACAUAUUCAAGUAUUAUAAUGCUUUCUAUUUCAGAAGGAAACGUUAUAUGCCAGUGUAUGAAACUAGUGGAUACAUCAUGCCUUCAAAAGCCGUCUCUUUCGACGAGAGACCACACUAGUAAGUCACUGAGUAGAAACAACAGGCUAUAGCUCAAAAUAUCUUCACUAAUCAUUUAAAAAUUUCUUUUAGCUACCAACCUGGAAACGACCCAACCAGGGUAAGUCACACUCCGGUAAGUACGAUUCGCUGGGAAAAAAUGGCACAUUGAGAAAAACAAUUUUCGUCACUUUUCCUCCCCCACUUCAAUAGGGAACUUUAGAUUCGCUACGGCUACGAAAUCUAGUACGACUACGAGAUUUUUUCCAUUAAAUAUCAGCUACUAAAAACUUAUAAUAGUACGUGGUUUGGCGCAACUGUUGCUAUAAAGAUGUGGUAUGCAAAAUAAAAGGCGAUAAAAAGUCUGUAGUAGCAGAUAUUUAACGGAAAAAAUCUCGUAGUCGUACGGCAGAUUUCGUAGCCGUAGCGAAUCUAAAGUUCCUUAAUGCUGUAAACAACGCCGAAACAACUUUUGGUAAUUCACCAUGACACAAGCUGUCAAGCUCAACAUUGCGUUGGGGGACCGGGGGCUUAUGAAAGCCAACAUGAUUCAACAUUUAUCAUAAGGGGUUUGGGAAUUUUGUAUACAAAUGGAAAGGUAUUCUCAACCAGUUCUGUCCAAGAUUGUAGCUAUAGACUCGUUGCAGUUGAGGUUAAAACGAAGUCAUGCGUGGUAUCUGGAGGACAUGUACUUGAACUGGUGCAGGAAAUAGUCAGUGGUUUAUAUUCAAUCGCCUAAUACUUAAUGCUUUCCCUCUCUUGACACAGGAGGCCCAAGAGGUUGAACUCCACAUGGACGAAGAACAAACCUCAGUAGAUUCCGCUGAAGAAAUGCGCGCAGCCUCAAGCAGCUCGACAGAAAUUGAAAAAGACGAAGCGAUCGCCAAAGUUCAAGCUUACAUGAAUCAAGCCUUGAUGAAUGAUGAUGUUUCCGAUUCCGACACGGACACUUCCGAAGAUGAAGGUCGAGAAGCUCCGGGUCCUCCUCGGGUGGAUGGCGAAUCGAGUACUGGGUCGACGGAGGCGCUUGUGUCAUCUUAUACAAUAACUAACUUAUGA